CAUGCUUGGAAUCGUUAUUGGGUUGCCCAAGUUUCAGCUGUGGAGAUUGCAAGUUUUACCUCCAUAAAAAAUGUGCCGAGGCACCUUCUGAAAUUAGUCAUUCCCCUUUUCAUCGGAGAUGGGGAUGUAUUAUAUAAUUGAUCAAGUAAAUGAUGAAGAUGAGGAGUCUAGUGAAAAGUUAGCUACAAAUUCUUCCAUCACUUGUGUCAUUGAAAUGAACCAACAUGAAGAAGCCACAAAGAUAAAACACUUUAGGCAUGACCAUGUCUUAACACUAGGUAACAAGAUCAAGGAAGAUGAUGAUAAACAUUGUGAUGCGUGCAUGCUAUCAAUCUCAACUCCCUUUUACUAUUGUUCACAAUGCGACUUCCUUCUCCACAAAACCUGUGCUGAAUUACCUAGGAAAAAACACCAUUGGUUUCAUCAAUCUCUUACCACCCUCGAUUCUGGGGUCUUUUUCAAAUGUGCUCAAUGCAAUCGUUUCUGCAGUGGAUUUGUUUACAAAAGUGACAAAGAGUCUCGCAGUAAAUUCUGUCUAAGGUGUGCUAGAAUUUCUCAUACCCUCAUAUGUCAAGGACAUGAACACUUUCUCUUUUUUGAUUUUAAGUUCAAGGGGCAAUGCAGCGCUUGUGGUGCCACUUGCAAAAAUGGUGUAUACAGAUGUAAAGAUUGUAGUACUUUUGCUUUGGAUUUUGCAUGCAUUACACUACCACAAGCAAUUCGCUGCAAGUGUGAUAAACACUUUCUAAAACUUACUUUUCAUGAUGACAAUGAUGAUCCAGAAGAAUAUUACUGUGACAUAUGUGAAGAAAAAAGAGAACCAAACCAUUGGUUUUAUCAUUGUACAGUUUGUGAUAAUUCUGCUCAUCCUAAAUGUGUUCUUGGAAAAUAUCCAUUUAUGAAGAUCAAGAUAGGUGUCACUUUCCCAGAUGAUUAUCACCCUCAUGAUCAUCCUCUCGUUUUUGUCAAAAAGAGUUAUGACACCUGCUCUAUAUGUGGUCACCCUUGCCAAGAUGUAGCUCUUGAAUGUAAACUUUGUACACCCAACUAUACCUUCCAUUGCAAUUGUUAUUGGGGAUAUUUGAGUUUCUUAGGUUUGUUGUAAAAUGGGGGUGCAGUUGUUGUAUGUUUCAUUGUUUUAUGUGUUUCUGUUCAAUAAA